AUGUCAACUCACCCUCACUAUGCGCCGUCAUCACUUCCUUCUUUGCGCAAACCUGAUGCCGCCGAUUUCGAGCCAGAUGAGGAGUGGAAAGCUCAGCUGAAGAAGAGAAUCGAGGAAGGCCUUCAAUCCAUGGUGCAAGAAGCAAAGGACAACCAGCUAGCCGAGCUCAGGAAGGCACCUGUCAGUGUGGAGGCUCGUGGGCGUCUUGAGGAUGAAUACAAGCAGGCGAUGAGUAACAUCAAAGAAUUAGCCAACGAACAAUAUCAGCAGGAGCUCGAUCGUGAACGAAACCAACGUCGGUGGACUGCAGGGGCGCCUGUGUCGCCUGAAUGGCUCCAGAUUCUGCAGGAGGAGCAACACGGUAUCAUGAACAAUAUCAAGCACACCGCUGACAAUGCUGCCAGCGCAAGCCCCACAGAAGAAAGGCGCCCAAAUGCUUCCAAUCGGCCUACGAGCGUCUCGCCGCCUUCUGAACCACCGCCUCCUCCACAAGCGCCGCCGCCGCCACCGUCUCCGCCACCGCUACCCCAGCAGCCGCAGGGUCGAGCAGAGCGCGAGAAACCACCAGUCCUUCCUUCAACGCCUCGGAGUGCUCGUAGGGGGUCAGACACGCGUAGCACUGCGUCUCGCGAUCGCGACGAGUAUCCUGCGAGUCAUCGCCGACAAUACGGUCCCAAUCUUGAGCGGCCAACUGUGGUCGACAGCCCUACCACUCCUUCCGAAAUUAUUGACGAACCCGAACAGAUGGUUCGACCUCCACCUCAGCGAUCUUCCAGACCCCCCGCUGAUCCUUCUGCUGAUGCACCUCGAUGGGAUUCGUCCUUAGGCCGGUCUUCCUCACGCUCUGCCUCCGGCAAUGCCGCUCGCUCUCCCCCGAAAGCGAUGCCCGAAGUAUGGACGCCAACCGUCACCCAGGCAGAAGAUGCUGCAGCGUCCAAGCAACCGUACAGCAACCUCGGCAGACGUGGCAGCACCGCAAGUAUGAGAUCGACUGGAUCAGGCACAAGCAUACGACCGUCCAUUACUGAAACCAUCCCUGAACGGGCGGACGACGACGCCGAAGACACUUCUAGCAGCAAGGAUCGCGAACGAGAGCGGAAUCACGACCAGGAUAAGGCCAAGAAACUAACAGACAAGGCCAGGGACAAGGAGAAGCGUCGUAGGAGCAGCCGUCCGAGCCCCGUCGACCCCAGCAUUUACGACGACCCGCCACUCGGUUCAUCGGCUCCGCGGCCCUCUGGAUCGUCCUCAGCGACGAUGCAAUAUGCCACGUCUAACCCUCCACCCAAAUCUCUUUCGUCGAAGGCAUCUUUUCCUGACGGUGACGAACGGUAUCAUCCCUCUGACCGCGGCAAGGCAAUACCUUACCUUGAUCCUCGUGAUCAGCAUCCACCCGGUCGCGACAUACCGUAUUCACAUCGAGAAUCACCGUACUCAGCACCUCUUUCGCGUCCACCACCUCCGAGAUCUCCGUAUGGAGGUGACGAUAGGGAUUACAACCCACCCUACCCUCCUAUGAACAGACCGCCCAUCCCCAAGCCACCUUUUCCUAGCGAGAGGGAUUACCAUCCACCCAUGGUCCAUAAAUCUUCUUUUACUUAUGAAGAUAGAAGGCGACCUGACUGGGAACGAAAUGCAGCCUGGGAGGGUGAUCGAUGGGAGGGUGAUCGAGAACAUCCUAGUUAUAGGGAUUGGGGAUAUAGAGAGAGGGACAGAGAUAGGGAUAGAGGUUACGUCGACCCUCGCUACCCUGGGCAUUCUCCAUAUUCAGCCCGCUCUGGUUAUCCUACCCCUCCUUCCAGCGCUCAGAGACAUGCAUCACACGACUACCUCCCAAUGAAUGAUCUUUACGACGAGCCCGACAACGUUCCGCCUCCGCCUCGUGGAUACGACCGCUAUCGAGGUCAUCCUCCUGAUGAUUGGAUCUAUGAUAGACCAGAUAAUGCGCGUCCUCUGCCUAGUCGUCAGCCUUCUUAUAGAGAGGACCCCGAAAGACGAAUGGCUCCAGAUAUCGAACCCUAUCCUGGUCGUGUAUAUGGUCCUCCUCCGUCUAGCAGCGUACCCAUUCCGCGUCACGGACCCAGCGCCGAAGACUUGGGUCCAGGUUGGCAAGGCUGGGCUGCGGAGGGUGGUUUGCGCCGUGAGCACCUCCCAGCUCGUUCGCCAGCUGCUGCGGACCACUUCGCUCGUCAGCGCCACCGGCCAGGCCCGGCGUACAGCGCCAGCCAGCGGGACGACCAGCAACCAGAUCAACUUGCUCUGAGACGCGAUGCGCACGCUGACGACAGUGAUGACGAUGACGCCGCGGAAACGGAAUCAGACGACGAACCUCACAGAGCUGCUAGCAACGAGCAGACAGACGAGGACGAGGACGACGGAGACAACGGGGAUGACGAGUUGGAUAUCCAAGCUCGGAGACUGGAGCAGGAGAGAAAGGAGGCAGAUGAGAAGAUCAGGGCGAAAGCGGCCGAGAUCAAGCGUCUUGGAGAAGAGGAGAAGCGGUUGGAGGAGGAGUCGAGGAGGAAGGAGGAGGAAGUAAGGAGGAAGGAGGAGGAGUUCAAGCGGAAGGAGGAGGAGGCUAAGAGGUUAGAAGAGGACGCGAGAAAGAAGGAGGAGGAGGCCCAGAGGAAGGAGGAAGAGGCGAAGAGGAAGGAGGAAGAGGCGAAGAAGAAAGAGACGGAGGCGAAGAAGAGGGAGCUGGAAGCGAAACGCAAGGCAGACGAUGCGAAGAGGCUGGAAUUUGAGGCUUCGCGGAAGGCCGAGGAGGCGAAACGGAGAGAGGAGGAAGUCAGGAAGAAGGAGGAACAGACGAGGCAGAAGGAAGCGAAGUUGAAGGAGGACGCAGAGAGGACCCGCAAGCUGCAAGCAGAGGCUCGGCGUAUCGCCGACGACGCUCGCAAGAGGCAGGAGAAUCUCAGGAAGCUGGAGGAGGAAAUUCAGGAGAGGGAGAAAGCUUUGUUUCAGCGCGAGGAAGAACUCAAGCGCCGCGAAGAGGAGGCAAAGAAGAAAGACGAGGAAGCAAGAGCGAAGGAGGCAGAGGCGGAGCUCUUGAGGGAGGAGGCUAGGUUGAAGGAAGAGGCUGAGCGAGCGCAGGAGGAGUUACGGCAGAGGGAGGAGGCACGGCAGAAGGAAGAGGCCCGCCAGAAGGAGGAGGCGAAGCGGAGGGAAGACUCGAGGCGGAAAGCUGACGAGGCGAGACGCAAGGAGGCAGAGGCCAGGAGGAAGGAAGAAGACGCCGCCAAACGACAAAGGGAGGAGACGCGGGCUAAAGAAGAACGGAUUCGAGAGGAGAAAUUCCGUCAUGAACAAGAGGUCCGCAAUCAGAUGGAUCGGGACGCCGAAGCGAAACGCCAGGAGCAGGAGGCCAAACGACAAGAACAGGCCCGGAAAGAACAAGCCCGGCGGCAGGAACAAGACGCCAGACGCCAGAGCAACAACUCCCCUGCGCUCGAUUUCCAAGAUAUCGAAGAGAUCGAUCCAAAGAUUCGGGAAGAGCAAGCGUACCUUUGGCAGCAGGCGCAGUAUCGCAAGAAGGCGGAAGAUAUUGCGCGUCGUGUUGAGGAACGCCGACGCAACGACAGCUUUGGGACCGAUGGAGGAUGGCCCGCACCUGGCACUUCUCCUGGUGUGUCAAGAUCACCUCCUCAGUUCAAUAGUCCAGCCAGCGCAAGCUCACCUUGGGGUGCUUCUUCUUCGCCUUGGUCUGCGUCUUCGAAACCUACGAGCAUUCCUUCUCCAUCGACGGCCAGAUCUUCGAACAGUGUCCCUCUCCCCAACGGGAAACCUCGUAACGGUUCCGUCAGCUCGGGUACUUACCCCGCUGGUGCUUCUCCUCAUUCCGUUACUCCUCUCUCAGAGGCUGACUGGGCUCGUCGGCAUGCUGAAUUCACGAACGAACAGCAGGAGAAAUUCCGGCGUGAACAAGAGAAGAUAGAAGCUGAGCGUCAGUUACGAUCGGCCGGCAAACCUCUCGGCCGCGAAGACAUCCAGCGGGUCUUCGAGCACCACGAGAAACAGUGGGCCCGACUGCCUACUCUUCCCGAACUUACGUGGAUGGACUUCCCCUGGCCCAUGAUGAAGCCUCCGCAGACCCCAGACGACAUCUCAGCUAUACUGAUUACCGCCUACUUCCAAUCUCCUCUGUGGCCCGAGAAGGACAAGGGAAAGACGCCCAAAGAUCGUAUCAAGGACCACAUGAGGCGGUGGCAUCCAGACCGCUUCGAGUCAAAGACCCUCCCGCGCGUUGUCGAGGCGGAGAAGGAGAAGGUUAGGCAGGGGGCAGGGAACGUAGCUCGUCAUCUCAACGACCUGUUGAGGAAGGAGAACGAGGGCAGUAGCAAUAAUCUAUUUGGCGACUAA